AUGGGAAAUUCAUGUCGAGGGUAAUUAUUUUUUCUCGAUUUAGAUAAUUAUUUAAUUAAUAAAAUAUAAUUUUCCAGGAAUCCGAGACGAGAAAAAUUGAGUAACUCAGUUCAAAAUUCGCCGAGGAGUAAUGAGAUUCGACGGGCGAAUGUGUCAGUUCCAAAUUCACCGAGGCAGAUUCGGAUGGAUAUGAUGGCAGGGUCGAAAAAUUCAACAGAUGUGAGAUUUAUUAGGGAUUCGGGAAUUUUUGAGUGUCUUUGGCGCGAAUAAUCAAAAAUUUAAAAAUUCAAAUUUUUUUGUGCCAAAAUUUCUGAAUUUUUAAGUAGUUUCUACGUGAACUAAAAUAAUUAGAACUCAACAAAAUAUUUUCGAAUGGUUUUAUUUUUAACUCUGAAAUAGUAGAGGAAAAUGUGACCAAAUGUGAGCCCAAAAUACGCUCGGAAAAAAUACGGCACCAAGGCGACAUCCUGGGGCGCCAAGGCGGGAAGUGCUCUCGCCUCGGCGCUGAAAAGGUGCGCAGAGAGAACGCACCGGCGCUAAAACGGCGCGCGAAGAGACGCACCGGCGCUAAAACGGCGCGCCAUUGAGACGAAAAAAAUGAAAAAAGUGCGGGAAAGGGGCAUCGAACUUGGGUCAAAACAAUGACAACCCAUCCUCUUAUCCACUUGGACACGCUUCACAGUGUUUUUGCCUUGUGGGUACUAUAGUACCCCUACUGUGAUUUAGGGGUGCAAUAGGGGUGAUUUUUACCCCUAUUGCACCCCUAUUGCACCACUAAUUGGUAGGGGUUAUUUAGUGGUGUGCAUUUAAGAAAAACUAAAAAGUACAUACCAAUCUAAAGCUUCUGAAAUUGUUGUCUGAAAAAUUUCAAUUAGAAAAGCGUCAGUUUGAAAAAGUUAUCAACUUUUAUUUUUCAAGUGUAGGGGUCGUGUAGGGGUUGAGUAGUGGUCCCGAUUCUGGGAAAAUGUUUGCAUCUUUAAAACAGUGAAAAUACACAUUUCUUGCGAUAUAAACACACACAAUGCUUCUGAGAGCAUUUAUUGGCUCCUAACAAUCAAUGCUGGUCAAAAAUUUUCAUUUUUUCACUCCAAGAGAAGUCCACUAAAAGUGAGAUAAUAUAUAUUAAAUUUAUAACCAUUUUGUUCGUCUUGACAUUUUGAAUUCAAUGGUGUAUGUCAUUUCCUCCAAAAAAUGAUAUUUUAAUGCGCGAAAAUCAAAAGUAAAGGCGCAUGGAAUUUAAAACAUUGGUCUCGCAGCGUGUUUGCUUGUGUGUACUUCUCACGGACGAGUGGCGUCAAAAAUUUUUUCGUUUUUUUUCGUUUGUUUUGUUUGUUUCACGUUUUAUGGAGUAAUCGAGUGUUCAAAGCUGCGAAAAGUUCAUAAAACAUGUUCCCCGCCUAGGAACAAGCAAGGAAUUCCAGCAGAACUCCAAAAUUCACACAUUUAUAUGAAUUUUGGGCCAGAAAUUAAAAUUUUUGAUUUUUUCAAUGUCAGAUAGUAAAACAAGGCUAUUUUCAGUUUCAUUUAAGUAAAUCAACAUUUUAAUGAGUUUCAAUUGAAAAUGCCUUCUUAGAGUUGAGAAUAAAGUACUUUAUAUCUAAUUUCUUUAUUCACUUGUUUUUCAUACGUUAUAAUUUACUACUGUUCUAUAAUCGGAAUAUGAUUUUUCAGGGCUUCACGAGAAAGAGGCUUUCACCAAAUGCGUCAAUAAAUGGUAAGAUGAAGACGAAAAGAAACUCAUCGAAGCCAACUUCUCAUCGAUUCGUGUCACACACACUCAGGUUUGUUAACUUGAAUUCAAUUGAAUAUUAAAGUUGAGUUACAAUGUUUCCUCCUUUUCAGAUGA